AAUCAUUCGCGCUGAACAGGUUUGCCGGUUGACAGAGUGCCUUGGAGUGCGGCUUAGUCAACUCUCUAAGCGGGGAACAACAGAUGCACAUGCACUUAGUCGGUGGAUUGUCCAGUCCAGUGAAGGGAACGCCGAGCAGCAUUUGAAAGUUUGAAGCUUGAAGUUUUAAAGGAGACCGAUGUCGACGAGUCCUUCAGCCCGUGAACAUUUGUCAAAGUCCGCAGGCGAUCAACGUUCCAAGUCCAACCUCGUGUCGACCUGUGUUUUCCAUGGAGCUGAGCGGGCCGGGUCUCGCCGGACAGUUUAAUUCUGCACGGGAUGACAUCAAUGAUCGCGUAAUGCUCGCCACGAACACGCAGAUCUAUGCGGCCACUUUUUUACCGAACCUGCCUCUUACCAGCCCACCUGGAGCCAGGCCGAGGAAAUGUGUGCCAAUGCUUCCACCUCCUAGCUCAACCUACACUGCAUUCAAGCUUUCUGCACUCCUGCUUCUGAGUCCUAUUCCCCAUUACGACACUCCACUCGAUUGGUACACCAGCCCCGCCAUUUCAAGAGGCGAUGGCGGUCGAACUCCCUUCUCAUCCCCCAGCUCUCUUCCCCACCCUCGAGAACGACGCGACCGACAUGGUUUCAACGCUACGGAGUACGGCACCAGUUUUGCCCCACCGAUUGACGCCACUGGAUCAUCGUUCCUCCCAUGCUGAACAUACAGCACGUCCUCGCGCUAAAUCCUCGGGCCCCAUUCCACCCAUUCGCCAGAGGACGCGAACCCUCUCUUCGCUCGCGGCGAACCCCCGGCAUCCUCCGUUUCUCCGAGCGGCGAAACAGCCCCGAGUUCUGGCGAUGCUUCUGGCGUGUUCUAGCUGGGCCACUGCAUGGGCUCUUUUCAACACAUGUCGCGACAUUCGGGACUUCAUCUAUUGCCCUGAACUCAGGGACGUGAUCUUGUCCCGCUUCGUUCCUGACUACGCUGCAUGUUUGCGCGUGUCUGACCCGCGUCGGUUGACGAAGGUGCCGAUCGCGUUGACGGAAUUGAAUACCCUCAUGAUCUCUCGAGCAGUGCCUCUGCACCGGUUUCCGAUGCAUGCCCUGACAUGUGUCUCCGGACUCUUGCCCAACGUCGAUGAUCUUGAGCGGGAGGAAACACGGAAGUUGACGACAUUUGCGCUGGUCCAUACCCGCUUCGUGCUUCUACUCCAGUCGCUGGCGCACAGUUCGAUCUUGUCUCCACCCCCCGAGCAACAUGAACUCACGCUUAGACUCCGGCCCGAACCGAGAUUGCGACAGCUCAACUUUCCGCCCCCCUUGUCCCAUAACUCUGCCUCAGAACCAUCGCCGGUGUCCCGGGGUCGAAAGAAUUCCGUCGGAUCCCGCAAAAGCUCCGACUCGGUUCGAUCGGACACCACCUCGCUGGUUACACGUAGUCUCUCUCGCCCUGCGAACAGGUUGUCCAUCUUUCGAACAGGCUCAAAGGCUCCUCCGCCUCCGGCAUCCGAGCCCCGCUCGCUGAGGCACUACACCUCUGGUUGGCGGCAUGCGCUGCAGCGGGCCUCCGGCUCAUUCUCGGACGACGAAUGGGGACGAAAGAAACCACUUGAACGGGCCCACCGGCGACUGGCUUCGGUUAACCUUUCAAGCGGCUCUUCGUCACUCUCGAGCCCCUCUCCUCCCUUUUCACGCGAUUCGACCGUUGAAUCGUCGCCUAUCCGACGCGACGUGUCAACACACGACCUAAGUUUGGCCACACAACGAACCCGUGCCCCUAUUUUGCGUGUGUUUGUGCCGUGCACCGAAAUGGAGCGGGACGACGAGGAAGGAUCGAUUGCCCAGUGCGAGGAUCAGCUCUAUGACGCUGGGCUCUGGCCCUAUCUGUCGCUCGGGGACAUCGUCUGCAACUUUGGCUACGUUCCUCCCGCGAGUCCUGAUGUGUCUGACGGCAGUUUGCCGGAUGCGACGAGAGAAAUUGUUUCUCGAAGUACAUGGCUCCUAUUCGAUGGCCGCAGGCUUGUCCCAUAUAGUCCUCCAGAAUCACUCCCUCUGAGCGAUCCUACGAUGCUUCCGUCACCGUUCUACUUCAUUCACAUUAUUCCGCCACUCUCGGAUCCCCUGUUCACCGUUCGAGGGUUUCCGGCAUGCGACGAUAUCCCUCAGCUGACAUUAGUCACCGUCUCAGCGAAGGUCCGCAGCCCCCAUUCGCCGCUAGGCUAUGCUCUCGUGAAGAAGUCUGCAUGGACUGCACGUGUUUGGCGCCGAGUAGCUCAGGAUGACGAGAUGGGACAGGGCUGGCAGGGCGAAUGGAUUCUCGAAGCCGAUGGAACCCUGGAGGGGCAGAGGAUCCUUGUCAACUGUCUGCGCGGAGUCACAGGCCCGUAUAGGCAGUGGCAGAUCGUCCGGGAAAAGUGUGCAGGAGACAGACUAUACCUCAGACUAAUCAAGACAUUCGCGAGCAAACGUAGUACUAUCUCCCGACUAACGAACCAUGCAUCUCAAAUGACCGUCUAGACUAUGUAGAGAAUUCCAGACUAUUACUCAUCAUCAUUCAAAAUGGACCACAUCGGACACUUGUAACAGUAUUAUACCACAUUGCUAAUUAUCAAGACUGCUGGCAUAAACAUGCUUCGUGCACGUAACAGCGACGGUCGAGAUAAAUUUCAG